AUGUCCUUUGCGCACACUUUCUUAUACGAAACUCCGGCCUACAGUCUCCUCCACUCAUUCCAGUUAAUAUCUUACUUAUUUGUCAGAAUAGUACCCAUCUGUAUAUCUGGUGGUCAAGAAGUCACUCGUGGCGUUUUUAAGUAAUGGCAUGGGUCUGCCACUGCGUCAUUUGUACUCUCUUAUCUUUUUAUCGACACUUAGUUACAACAAGCGGUACCUCUACAUCUGCAAGACGACUGGGAUAAGCCAACAGCAUUUCCCUCUUUCUCAGCCCGUAGACAGCGACAAUCAGUCCAAGCCGGUCUUUCCUGCCUAUGCGUCCCAUGAAAACCCUGACGAGUGCAGCCAAGGGGUUUCAGAGUCAGAAAAAGCCGUUUCCGUGCGUUUUUUCUCUCUCUUUUGUAAAAUUGUUGGCGUGCGUGCGACGCUUGAUUUGACCGAAGGGGCUUACGCGCAUCUUUCGAAAGCCCCUUUCCUGUGUCUUUCAUUCGAUUAGUGGCCAUUCAUUUGUUUCUAUCAUUUUUCACUAUUUCAUGUAACUUGUGUAUGUCCAUGCUGCUUUGGGU